GGCAAAUGACCCAGCUUUGUGAACUGAUCAAUAAAAGCGGAGAACUACUAGCAAAAAAUCUUUCCCAUCUGGAUACAGUGCUUGGUGCCCUGGAUGUGCAGGAACACUCGUUAGGCGUUCUUGCUGUCUUGUUUGUGAAGUUUUCUAUGCCCAGCAUCCCUGACUUCGAAACAUUAUUCUCACAGGUGCAGCUUUUUAUCAGCACUUGUAAUGGGGAACACAUUAGAUAUGCAACAGACACUUUUGCUGGCCUGUGCCACCAGUUAACAAAUGCCCUUGUGGAGAGAAAACAGCCCCUGCGAGGAAUUAGCAUUCUCAGACAAGCCAUAGACAAGAUGCAGAUGAACACAAACCAGCUGACCUCAAUACACGCAGAUCUCUGCCAGCUCUGUUUGUUAGCAAAAUGCUUUAAACCUGCCCUCCCGUAUCUAGAUGUGGACAUGAUGGAUAUUUGUAAAGAGAAUGGGGCAUAUGAUGCGAAGCACUUUUUAUGUUACUACUACUAUGGUGGGAUGAUAUACACUGGGCUAAAGAACUUUGAAAGAGCACUCUACUUUUAUGAACAGGCAAUAACUACUCCAGCCAUGGCAGUCAGUCAUAUUAUGUUGGAAUCAUAUAAAAAGUAUAUUCUAGUUUCUUUGAUACUACUUGGCAAAGUUCAGCAGCUACCAAAAUACACUUCCCAGAUAGUUGGUAGAUUCAUUAAGCCCCUUAGCAAUGCUUACCAUGAAUUAGCGCAAGUUUAUUCAACCAAUAAACCCUCGGAGCUUCGGAAUCUGGUGAACAAACACAGUGAAACAUUCACAAGGGAUAACAAUAUGGGGCUGGUUAAGCAAUGCUUAUCAUCUCUCUACAAAAAGAAUAUUCAGAGGCUAACCAAGACAUUUUUAACAUUGUCAUUACAAGACAUGGCAAGUCGAGUGCAGUUGUCAGGGCCCCAAGAAGCAGAAAAGUACGUCCUCCACAUGAUAGAAGAUGGUGAAAUCUUUGCAAGUAUUAAUCAGAAAGAUGGUAUGGUCUGUUUCCAUGAUAAUCCUGAAAAAUAUAACAAUCCAGCUAUGCUUCAUAACAUUGAUCAGGAGAUGCUGAAAUGUAUAGAGCUUGAUGAACGACUGAAAGCCAUGGAUCAAGAGAUCACUGUGAACCCUCAGUUUGUGCAGAAGAGUAUGGGCUCUCAAGAAGAUGACUCAGGGACCAAACCAUCCAGUUAUUCCUGAAAUUCGUGUUGCUCACCACUCCGCUUUCAAGUAAAAGCUUAUGAAAGAAUCACGCCUGGAAUAGGGCAUUGAGGAGUUCCACGAAGGGAGCAGAGAGAACUGAGCUUUGCUUUUCACCUGGACAUUAAGAAAAUAAAAGAACACCCUCUCAGUACUGUACAAUAUCAGAAAUAUUCUCUGCAAAGAAAAAGGAAAUCUCAAAAGAAACUUAAGUCUGUUGUGGAUUUAUUUAUCUUCAGAUUAACAUCGUUAAUGCAUUAAAUAAUCUACCUUUUGUUUUAAAGGGUUUGAAUGUUGCUGUGUUUCUGUAGCAGUCCUUUUUUCUCUUCUGCAAAAAAAAAAAGUGUUAUUCAGGGAAGAAUACAAACUAGUGUUGGUUCACUUACAAGAUAAUUACUGGUUCAUUAUUCUGUAUUUAAAGUUGGCUCAAAGUGCAGAUUUAUCAUAUGUAUGGUGGGGGGAGAGGGGUGGAGUUUAAGUAAAUUCUCUACAUUAUAAUUUGCAUAUGCCCAAUGUAGCUGGCUGCUGUCUAUUAAAUGAAAUAAGAACUGUGCUCUUCCCAAAAGGGUGAGCACAGGAACGAGUCCUUGUAAGGCGGUUUUGCUGAAAAGCAGAAAUCACUAUAGGGAAUCCAUACAUGACAGCUAUUUAUGAUUUUAAAUUCCUGGUACAAAAUAUCUCCUAAUAAUGUUUACUCUUAGAUCAAAUUUAUUAGACCUAAACAAAAGGAUAUUUGGGAGACCGUGGUGUUCUGGAGGAUGCUGGAUGUGAAGGUGUUGACACCGAAAGCAAUUUAAAUUUUUGCUCCUAUACAAUUGGCAUGAAGGUAUUCAACAGGCUAGUACUUUCCUGUGGUGGAAAUAAGUAUAAGUGAAGGCGAUGCUAUAGAUCUUUGUUUCCAAAGAAAGUAAUUCUACAUGGAACACAGAAUUCUAUACAGCUCUCAAAAUGCAGGAUUUUAUUUGGAGAUAACAUGCUGGAAUGCUAUCUGGUUUUUAAUUCACUAUUUUAAACAUAAAAACUUUGUUGUUGGAUUCUUUUAAGUGCUUCACCCCUUAAAUCAAUGGGCUCUUUAAUUUUUCUGUAGCUCUCAUGUAUCUGAUGAUUCUCACUGUUAAAACACCUUUGAAACACUUCAUGUCAGUGCAAAUCUCCUCCUAUCAGGCAUAAAUAAACCUGUCAUCAAGUCAGAAUGCGAGAAGCUCAGCAUCCAGUGCUUCCUACCUAAACGCCUGACUAGGAGCUGCUUGCUACUGCUAACCUGCCAGCUUUUUUUCAGGAGCCUGAGUGAGAGCUAAGCCUUUCUGGCUCUUGCUGUGUGAAGCUUGUAUGUAUUGAGGUCACCCGUUGUGGAAAACACUCCAUUUGUGCUUCCAGUGCUGAUACAGAACUGUUGGGGUUUUCAUUUAACUCGUGUCUUAAUUGUAGCAGAGCCUCUGUGACAGCAGUAUGCUUUCUAGUAGAAGAGAAAUGCCCCCAGGUUGUUCUCUAGGUGAUGAAUGACGUUUUUAGAAGUAUAAAAUAGCAGUUUAGUAUUGAACACAGCAUAGGUCCAUAGUGUUAGUAGCUCACCAUUGAGUACUUGUGCUUCCUAUCAUACAGACUUCCAUAUUUGAAGGCAACUUUUCAACCUCGGGGUUUUUUUUUUCCCCAUAACUUGCCUUACCAGUCUUGUAAUUAAAAAAACCUUCAAAAAUCAUAAAUAUCUUUUCCUAGUUAAUCCUGCAGCGAUUUCAAUGCUGAACAUGCUUACGCCAUUUUCUUCUCUGGUACUGUGGCAGUGUUAAAUUAGUAGAUUAGUAAUGCUGUGGGCUGGGUUGUCAAAGCGUUUACAACCAUGUGUGGUAGUCAUGAAGUACCGCAAACGACUAACGUACGAAAAUGUGGAUGGCUCGCCUUUCGUUGCCAGGGAGAGAAUGUAUGCAGGAUGCUUUCACGAAGUUGGAGAAGAACCAGAAAUGCCCACUUCGCAGUGGCUGAGCUCUUAUACCGCUAGUUCCUAUUAGCGAGCGUGGACUUAACCUGCUGAGAGCAGCAGGACGGCUUUCUAUCUGUGGAAUUGGAAGCAAAUUAAUACAUGCAGCUGGCAAAUAGCAGCUACGUUUUCUCUUCUUUUUCGCCUCAAGUAGAUAAAAUAAAUCCACGCUCGCAUCAAAAGGAUGGUAGAAAUAGCUGUGUAAUAGUUUCAAAUGAUAUAUUGCGCUAUUUUUCUUAAUCUGAUUUUUAAGAGGGCAAAUGCUUUUAAAGUUGAGACCUGCUAAGGUUCCUUUUCUGACAUGGAUAGUUGUGCUGUUAAACUCCGAUCGCUGCUGAAAAUUCAAAGUCAGGUCCCACCUGUAGAAUCGGUAGAUAAAGCAUUCACCGAAAGUGCUUCAGGGAAGGGCUUUCAAGUAAUAGUUUGAUAAACGCAUAUGGUCUGGCAUCUGCAUGUCUUGAGAUACUGUUGAAAUUAAGUCAGAUUUUUAAUGAAGUAGCUCCUUCAAGUCUUGGAACUAAUCGCAUGGGCUGUGGUCAGCUGAGACGCUUUGAGAGCACUUGAGCUUUCUGGUUUUAAUUUGUAUUUAUUGCAGGGAAGGACUUUUGAUCAAAUAUAAGAACAUUGCGUGCUACGCUCCUCCAGACUUAGACUCUCAGAGGUCCUGUGGCUGGUUCUUGCCAUCAUGCAUGGCCACAAGAUGUGUUCACAAAAUACUGAGUGCAUGCUUUGAUACCGAACUCCUGUUUUCAUGCAUCUUAAUUAGCGAAGAUAUAAAAUGCGGUUCCGAAGGUAGCAUUAAACAUGCAACUACACUUCUUAGCCACAGGAGGGGUCUCUAGUUCAGUUAUUAGUAGCAGGUAAUAAAAUGUUUCUAAAAAGAAAUGGUUAGAAGCUGUUUGUGCCACUGAGGAGCCCCAGUUAGUGACCUCUGCUCACACACCUGUAGCGCUGCUAUUGCGCCACAUGCUUUUGCGUAACUCCAGCUGCCUCCUCCUAUGCGACUUCCCUUCUCUAUUCUGCAGUACAACCGCCACCCGUUGUAUGUGUUGUCACAGGCGAUCUGUAUAACCUAGGAAAUGUUUUCUGCAUGGCCAAACUGGCUGAGGAGGUUAGUCCUGAGAAGUUUAAAUGUACUGUUGGAAAAUAAAGAUAACAAACGA